UCUACCUCUCUCUCUCUCUCUCUGCUACUUACCUGUGUCCUUUUUUCCAACAAGGUCGUCCUUGGUGGCGUAAUCUCAUACGUUAUGCAGCUCGAGGCAAAAUACGACCUCAAGGUGGUGGGUGUCGUCCCCAGUGGCACCUGUUUGGCAUAUAAUUAUGAAGUCUGCAUCCCUGACCAAGAGAAGGCACCUCUCCAGAUCAGUGGUUGUCAACUUGAAGAAGUAGACAGUUUCAGGUACCUCGGCGCAGCAUUGAUUCCGAAUGGACACAGUAAGGAUGACAUUGCCUACCGAAUCGAUGCAGCUCAUCGAAUUCUCUCAAACCUUAAAAAUUUGCCUGUGCCGCGUGCACCCGACCUAUCGAUUGCUAGCUCGAUGAUUACCGACAUUAUCGUGAUUGCGCUGGUUGCUUUCUCAAUCAGUUACUCCCUCGCUGCAGUCUACGCGAAAAAACUGGGCUACGAGGUGGAAUCCAAUCAGGUCAGUUUACAAGGUUAA